AUGUACAAAGACGAGGAGGGCAAGUUCAACGGCAAAGUCGUGCGAAGAGAGAAGUUUGUGGCCUGGAAAUUCGGCGGCCAGAGAUACGACGGACGCGAUCAAGUGCUUCUGCUUGCCGAGGACAAGCCGCGCUUCAAGAAGUCUGGCCGUGGCGAUAUUCCUGACAGCGAUUCAGAUCCCUCCGGCAAGAAGAAGCGCAAGGCGCGGAAGAAGCCACUCUCUGAUGAAGAGUGCAAAGUUACAAACGCCGAGUAUCAUCAAGGACGUCCCAAGUUAUUCGGUUGGGGGCGACUGGAUAUGGGCGAGGUCGGGGCCCUAUCCACCAACGGCAUUGAACGCUUUGCGCAGAGUUGUUCGUUCUCCGCAACGCCGGUUCCAUCCGUGGGUGUCGUAGAGCGCUUGAGCAACUUCUACAACGAGCACAUUGGACCCAAGAACCUCGAGUUCGCAUUCGUAGACUCAAUACUGCCGUCGGGCUCGGUACUGAGCGCCGUAUGGAGUGUUCUGUGUUGGGUUCGCAUGGCACCUCUGCGGCGCCGCUCCCAACGCCGUGUCCAGAAGAAACGGAAAGGCCAGCCUCACAAUGCAGCAAACAAACGUCAGCGCAAGUAG